AUGGCCGGCAUCCGCUACGAGGGCACCCUGAGCGGGGUCAACACGGACGACUGCACCGUCGCCUUGGCCAAAGUGCGUGUGUGCGGCACGGAGGGUCGCCCCGCCGAGCGCGCCGUCGCCCCUCGCGAGGAGAUCUACGACUACAUCAUCUUCCGUGCCAGCGAGAUCAAGGACCUGGCAGGCGUUGGGUCCUCCUCGUCACGGGGCGCCCGCCCCCUGCGGGACACGCAGCACGGAGCCCGCGGCGGCCACGGGGGCGGCACGCGCGGAGCCCGCCGGCUCGUGCGGGACACGGCGGACGGGCGGCGGCCUGCACACGGAGGAGCCACAGCCGCGAGGAAGAGCGCCACGGUGGAGCGGGGGGUGCAGACGUCCCCCCAGCGUCAGCAGCGACGGUGUCGGAGCACGAAGCGGAUUGCCGCCCAGACUCCCCGUGGGGCCCCGGAGCCGUGCGUUGAGUUGGACGCGGAGUUUGACUUUGCGAGCGCCAACGCGAAGUUGGACCGCGAGGCGCUGGACAGGGAGUUCCGGGGCAGGGAGGCCAAGCGGAGAGAAGCGGACAAGCUGAGGGGUCCCCGCACGAGCUCCCCCGUCUUCCUGGACGGCUGCUUCUACGACAAAACCAGGAGCUUCUUUGACAACAUUUCCAAAGACGGCGGGAGGAACUGCCGCGUGACGUUGGCGGAGCAGCGGCGCCUGAACGUGGCGACGUUCGGGGCGGACCUCCCCUCCUCUGGCCGAGGUGCAGCCUAGACAGGUGACGACCACGGU